AUGCAUAGACUGGGGGGCGAGAACAAGGCACACCAGACGUCACAUCUCCUCCCACACUAUAAAUAUUCAUGAGCCAAAUACCCUGCGUGACCAUGCGCGAUGACGCACCGCGACAACUGCGGAUCCCGAUUGCUGCAGCCGCUUGUCAGUGUGACGAAGAUUGGCACUCAGGUAAGCUGUCACUCAAAAUCUUUAUUUUCAGUUCCCUAUCAAUCAAACAAUCUGGGCCGCACAGAAAAAAUGCUUAGGGCAAAAGCUUGGGAGGUAGUCAGGCCAGUGGAGUUAAUAUAGCAGUGAAUAGAUGGCCGGGGCCAGGGAAGAUGGAAAUUACCCGAGGAAAAAAAUGUCGGCGUUCUAGGGGGGGUGGUGGGAGAGAGAAGGAUUGUGAAAAAGCAAGGGUGAGAGCUAGAAGCAAGGCCCCAGUUUACCCCUUUCAGUUGAAACGCAGGGGAGGGUUAGGCAGCUGUCCCUCGCUCGCUUGAUUGAUUGUUGUGGGGCAAGAUUUUAGAACUAAAAUUAGAAACCCAAUAUUUAUAAACGAAUUUAUGAAUAGUAGUAAUACUUGAAUACAAUGUAAAUGCACAUUGGAUGAAAUGCGCGUUUUACAUGUACUUUUAAUCCAGCAGCAUUUUAGGUUACCUGUGAAAGCAGUAGCUAAUGCGUCUCAACCGCCGCUGUAACUAUGGCGCUUCUGCUAACUUCACUGUUGUAAACUAACGUUUAAAACAACGACUCUUCAGUUGGUGUUGUGGCCAUGAAGGGGGUUGAUGCAUAUUACAUUUAGUACACGUUUGAGGCUGUUAUCGAGUAGAUUGCCAAAGAAAAUUAGCAAUUUAUUAGCUAGUAAGCUAACUAGCUAGAUAGUUGUUUUCGUAAAUAAACUAGCUAACGUUAGCUAUUUUGUCUAACGACCUUUUCUGAAGACGUAAACAUGGCUAUCAAUGUAGUUAAAGUUCUCUAAAAUUAAAUUGUUUUACUCGACAGCUUUCCUUCAUAUGAUUGAAAAUGAAUCCAAUAAUUGCUUGCUAUUGCUAACCAUCAAGAAGCUAGUUGGCUUUGUUGCAGCGAUAAAAGCAAGUCGGUUCAACAUGGUGGGUGAUUGCCAUCAGUUGUGAUCAUAGACAUUAAAACCAGGUUAUAGACAUGUAUGAUGUUCAUCGAUUCGCAACAUUGUCGUAUCCUUGCACAUGAACAUAAGUCAAAGACCUGCACAAAGCAGUACAUUUCGAAUGCACUCGUAUAAACUUGGUACAUUUGUUCCCCUUAUAGCCUUUGUUUCCUUAGCCUUGUAUAUGUAAAUAUACAUACAUGUUGUUUCAUUCCCGUUGAACGGAAGACGGUACAGUCAAAUAGGCAGCUGCAUUAUCGUGUAUGUUAUUGCACUACAGUGAGUAGAUCAUCUCUGUCAGAGCAAUCCAGCAUUGACAUGCUCUAUUCAUAGACAUGGUAAUUAAUCAAGUAUUAAAGUGGGAUGUAAUGGUGUUUAGGCCAUAAAAAUAUUCUUAUUUAUAUUGUUUAGACAAGGAUCACAUAUUUAUAGCAUUUGCUCUUUCAAAGAGGGAAAAACAACUCAAUAGAUUUUCACUGAAGCUCAGCAACUUACCCCAACCCUUCUCCAUAGUGCAGUAUAAUUAGUCAAUAUUGUUAAUGAAAUAGAAAUGUCAUUUUUUUUUGUAACUUGUCCUGCUUUAAAAUAAUCUCAAUUUAUCAUGAAGAGUAAUUUAUACUAUAAUUGCCUUUUUUAAUUCUCAACAGUGUGUGGACCUAUGUGUUUUUCUAGGUCCGCCAACAUGAUGGCUGCCCAGUCGGUUUCCAUAGACCAGUACCUGGAGGGAGAGGAGCAGGUGGGUCAGAAGUCUGAGACCACAAGGAUGGGUGUAAGGGAAGAUUUGAAGUUCUUGAGUUGAUAAUUUGAAGUUUGGAAAUAUUUGUUAUCCAUCAUCAAUGGCACAAAAGUAGGGAGUUUUUUACUUCCUUAAAUGAUUUAUUACUAUGUAUUUAGAAUGUAUUGCCAAAACUAUGGGUGAGCAGCUUCUACCCCCAAGUCAUAAGGCUGAACAAUUAAUCAAAUGGCCACCCAGACUAUUUGCAUCCCCCCCCCACCUUGUUUUUACACUGCUGCUACUCACUGUUUAUUAUCUAUGCAUAGUUACUGUACCCCUACCUACAUGUACAAAUUACCUCGACUAACCUGUACCCCCGCACAUUGACUCGGUACCGGUACCCCCUGUAUGUAGCCUCGUUAUUGUUAUUUUAUUGUGUUACUUAUUAUUAUUAUUAUAUAUAUAUUUUUUACCUUUGUUUAUUUAGUAAAUAUUUUCUUAACUCUAUUUUCUUAAAACUGCAUUGUUGGUUAAGGGCAUGUAAGUAAGCAUGGCGCUUGUAACGCCAGGGUAGUGGGUUCGAUCCCCGGGACCACCCAUACGUAAAAAUGUAUGCACUCAUGACUGUAAGUCGCUUUGGAUAAAAGCGUCUGCUAAAUGGCAUAUUAUAUCAUUAUUAUAUAUUAUUAUUAUUAUAUAUCAAUGUGACUUAACUUGAGGUUUUUCCUGCUCUAGCAAACAAGUAUUUUAGCGCAUUUGCUCUCAAUCAAAGCCAUUGUUGCUUCAAUCACAUGGCUGGAGUUGGGAUUUAUGUUCUUGGAAGUGGGCCUGGCUAGCCGCUGGUUGGCAGAGUGGGAAAGCAGGAGAGGAGAGGAGGAUCGCUGCUGGUUGGCAGAGUGGGAAAGAAGGAGAGGAGAGGAGGAUCGCUGCUGGUUGGCAGAGUGGGAAAGAAGGAGAGGAGAGGAGGAUCGCUGCUGGUUGGCAGAGUGGGAAAGAAGGAGAGGAGAGGAGGAUCGCUGCUGGCUGGCAGAGUGGGAAAGCAGGAGAGGAGAGGAGGAUCAAAUUGGCUUCCAAUCAAUGAAUGUGUCUGAAUGAAACCACACAAAGACGAGCUUGGUGUUGCUAUCGGUAAAGGCUAAAUAUGAUAUGCCACGACUCAUCAUUCUAUUCUACCCAUGUCCAAAGAGAGACUGACAACCUCUUAUCAUCCGCCCAUUUGAGAAUAAUUUAGCUAGGCUAUUUCCUUCCGGUUUGUACUGAGAAAACAGUCCUCCUCCAACCUAUUACCAAUGCCAACAAGACCAAUCUUUUCUCAUGUCUUUAUUUAAUAGUCGUUGAGGCAGGGUUCUGAGCGUUACCUAACCACUACUAUUGCUCCUCACUCUGCUUUUAUCUCAUCUCCCUCACUCCCAUGUCUCUCCAGAUGCAGGGGGAGGAGCAGGCGGACGUUGAUUCUAACCCGGAGCAGACGUUCAGUGAGGAGGGUUUGGCUGCAGCAUCCAGUCCAGCCCUCACUGAGCCCCAGACCCCCAUGGAUGUAGAUAAGGCUUCCAUAUACCGGUACACCUCCUAACUCUGUUGGCCCCCCCCUGACAAAGCUUUGGUCAACCACCACCUCAAUUACUUUCAAAAAGGAAAUGCUGCUGCUGCUGGCAGUCGUAGAUGUUGUUGGGGGCUUAUGCGCCCUACUAACGAAAAUAUGGAGUAAACACUACCACAUGUAACGUAAAAGUAAAUUCUGGCAAUUUAGUGAUGUCUCUUCGUGUGUGUUGCAGGCAUCCCUUGUUCCCUCUCCUGGCCCUGCUCUUUGAGAAAUGUGAGCAGUCUACACAGGGCUCAGACUGUGUCACGUCAGCCAGCUUCGACGUGGACAUCGAGAACUUUGUCCGCAGCCAGGAGAAAGAGGGCAAAGCCUUCUUCAGCGAGGACCCUGACCUCGACAAUCUGGUGACCUUCCUCGUCUGCUGUCAAUACUCUUUCAAUUAUUUUGCAUCACUAUGACCUCUAGUGACACUAUUCACACAUUUAUGCAAAUGACACAUGGAAAGUGAGCUACUGUUUCAGUGGAGCUGUUUGAUGAAGCCAGUUGGCCACACAUAAACAUUACAACAGCCUUAUACUAAAGUAUCUACCAGUGGAAUAAAUCAUGUGUAUUUACUAUAACAGACCACUAUGCACAUGCCAUUUUCAAUGCAAACGUCCUGGCCUCUCAUAACGCCUCUCCCUGUACUGACCUUUGACCCCUAGAUGGUGAAGGCCAUCCAGGUGCUGCGGAUCCACCUGCUGGAGCUGGAGAAGGUCAGCGACCUGUGUAAGGACUUCUGCAGCCGCUACAUCGCCUGCCUCAAGACCAAGAUGAACAGCGAGACGCUGCUGAGUGGAGAACCUGGCAGCCCCUACUCAUCUGGACAGGGCUUCUCUCCCACCAAGACCCAGGUACACACACCCUGCCAUACAUAUAUAUUUUGCUACCAUCAUACACACCCAUUAUGCACCCACAAUACACACACCCAUAAUACACACACCCAUUAUGCACCCACAAUACACACACCCAUAAUACACACACCCAUUAUGCACCCACAAUACACACACCCACAAUACACACACCCAUAAUACACACACCCAUUAUGCACCCACAAUACACACACCCAUUAUGCACCCACAAUACACACACCCAUUAUGCACCCACAGUACACACACCCAUUAUGCACCCACAGUACACACACCCAUUAUGCACCCACAAUACACACACCCAUUAUGCACCCACAAUACACACACCCAUUAUGCACCCACAAUACACACCCAUUAUGCACCCACAAUACACACACCCACAGUACACACACCCAUUAUGCACCCACAGUACACACACCCAUUAUGCACCCACAAUACACACACCCAUUAUGCACCCACAAUACACACACCCAUUAUGCACCCACAAUACACACACCCAUAAUACACACACCCAUUAUGCACCCAUAAUACACACACCCAUUAUGAACCCACAGUACACACACCCUUAUAUACUGCUAUACACACACUUGCUCUGAAUCCGCAAUACAUAGAUCACAACCUGAUACUAAAUACACACACACUAUAGACCCAUGAGGACUCCGUUUAACCUCUGUGUGUGUGUGUGUGUGUCGUGCAGACAUCCAACUCUUUCACAGGAACCCUCAGUCCCCAGGGGAUUGUGGUGCCAGCAUCGGCCCUGCAGCAAGGCAACGUAACCGUGACAACAGUUAACCCCACACAGGUUAUGGCAGGUAUGUCACCCUGGCAUACAACAACCACAGGUACCCUCAGACACCAACCCACACCUCAAUGGGAAUCAUAGGGGCGGUUUCCCGGACACAGAUUAAGUUUAGUCCUGGACUAUAUGUCAAUGGAGAGGCCAGGACGAGCGAGGCUUAAUGGUGUGUCCGGGAAACCGGCCCUUAGCGUACAGGUGGACUUCACUGUCUGUUUCUGUACCAGCAGUUUAUGAAAAUAUACAAGGACUACUCUGAAAGCAUUGUUGGAUUCUUGUUUCCUCCAGGUGGCACAGUCUACCAACCAGUCACAGUAAUCAACUCACAGGGCCAGGUGGUGUCACAGACCAUCUCCCCCCAGACCAUACGCAUCCAGAACACACAGGUAGGACACACACAUCUGGAGGCUGACAUUUACUGCCCGCUGAACAACCCCCCCACACUGCCCCGCUGAACAGCCCCCCCACACUGCCCCGCUGAACAGCCCCCCCACACUGCCCCGCUGAACAGCCCCCCCACACUGCCCCGCUGAACAGCCCCCCCCACACUGCCCCGCUGAACAGCCCCCCCACACUGCCCCGCUGAACAGCCCCCCCCACACUGCCCCGCUGAACAGCCCCCCCACACUGUACCGCUGACUAGCCCCCCCACACUGCCCCGCUGAACAGCCCCCCCACACUGCCCCGCUGAAUAGCCCCCCCACACUGCCCCGCUGAACAGCCCCCCCACACUGCCCCGCCGAACAGCCCCCCCACACUGCCCCGCCGAACAGCCCCCCCACACUGCCCCGCCGAACAGCCCCCCCACACUGCCCCGCCGAACAGCCCCCCCACACUGCCCCCGCUGAAUAGCCCCACCACACUGCCCCGCUGAACAGCCCCCCCACACUGCCCCGCUGAAUAGCCCCCCCCACACUGCCCCGCUGAACAGCCCCCCCACACUGCCCCGCUGAAACAGCCCCCCCACACUGCCCCGCUGAACAGCCCCCCCCACACUGCCCCGCUGAACAGCCCCCCCACACUGCCCCGCUGAACAGCCCCCCCACACUGCCCCGCUGAACAGCCCCCCCACACUGCCCCGCUGAACAGCCCCCCCAUACUGCCCCGCUGAACAGCCCCCCCACACUGCCCCGCUGAACAGCCCCCCCCACUGCCCUGCUGAACAGCCCCCCACACUGCCCCGCUGAACAGUCCCCUCACUGCCCCGCUGAACAGCGGGCAGUGUGUCAGUCCUGUGUCAUGCCAACAGUAAAGCAUCCUGAGACCAUUCAGUGUGGGGGGCUGUUCAGUGUAAAUGUGAAAGAAUAUAGAAACCUAACUGUAACUCUCUUCAGCUCCAGCUGCAGCUCAACCAGGACCUGAGCUUCUUCAACCAGGACGACAGCUCACCCAAGAACAAGCGUGGCGUCCUUCCCAAACAUGCCACAAACAUAAUGCGCUCCUGGCUCUUCCAGCACAUCGGGGUGAGUAGAACACAGGCCCACUCUAUAGGUUACAACCUGGAACGAUUCUGGGAUUUGAUUGGCUUGCAGUGUUUUCAUCUUGUACUAUUUAAAGGAAAGGUUAACCCAAUUUGAAUGUUAUAUUGUUUUUGUGGACCUCUGAGUGAUGAUCUAUCGAUUCCCUGGGUCAUUUCGUGUUUUCAUGUGUAACUGAGUUAUUGGCAUUCAAGCAAGUUAAGCUAAUUGUCACGCAAUUCCUUCUCAAAGUCAGUCGUGGUCAAAAGUUUUGAGAAUGACACAUACUAAUUUUCACAAAGUCUGCUGCCUCAGUUUUGAUGAUGGCAAUUUGCAUAUACUCCAGAAUGUCAUGAAGAGUGAUCAGAUGAAUUGCAAUUAAUUGCAAAGUCCCUCUUUGCCAUGAAAAUGAACUUAAACCCCAAAAAACAUUUCCACUGCAUUUCAGCCCUGCCACAAAAGGACCAGCUGCCAUCAUGUCAGUGAUUCUCUCGUUAACACAGGUGAGAGUGUUGACGAGGACAAGGCUGGAGAUCACUCUGUCAUGCUGAUUGAGUUAGAAUAACAGACUGGAAGCUUUAAAAGGAGGGUGGUGCUUGAAAUCAUUGUUCGUCCUCUGUUAACCAUGGUUACCUGCAAGGAAACACGUGCCGUCAUCAUUGCUUUGCACAAAAAGGGCUUCACAUACAAGGAUAUUGCUGCUAGUAAGAUUGCACCUAAAUCAACAAUUUUUGGGAUCAUCAAGAACAUCAAGGAGAGAGGUUCAAUUGUUGUGAAGAAGGCGUCGGGGCGCCCAAGAAAGUCCAGCAAGCGCCAGGACCGUCUCCUAAAGUUGAUUCAGCUGCGGGAUUCUGACAAACUUUAAGCAUUGAUUAUGCAAGAAUGGGCUGCCAUCAGUCAGGAUGUGGCCCAGAAGUUAAUUGACAGCAUGCCAGGGAGGAUUGCAGAGGUCUUGAAAAAGAAGGGUCAACACUGCAAAUAUUGACUCUUUACAUAAACUUAAUGUAAUUGUCAAUAAAAGCAUUUGACACUUAUGGAAUGCUUGUAAUUAUACUUCAGUAUACCAUAGUAACAUCUGACAAAAAUAUCUAAAAACACUGAAGCUGCGAACUUUGUGAAGACCAAUACUUGUCAUUCUUAAAACUUUUGACUGCGACUGUAUGUUGAGAAACGUGCCUAUUUUCCUCGAAAGUACGUAAUGUCACGAUUCCAAAGCUAUACGAUAAUACAGAUAGCAAGUUAAUUAUCUCACAUCUCUGAAAAUAUUUGUAAUGUUGUACUUAUUGUUGUUUCGAAAUUUGUGCUAAUGUUGUGUUUUUGAGCUAGCGCCCAAUAUACUCCAAUUCACUCCUUGAAGGAGAUCGCUCCUUGUCCCAGAAUUGCCCAUAGUGCACACGCGGCCCAUUGACGUAGCAUGGCCAACGUUUCCCAUUCCGCAAAAGUAUCUCUGCGGUUGCAAAUGUCAGACUCCACUCUGUGAGCUACGUUAUAGAUAUUGUCUUUGGUAUUGUGUGUAGCUACGUUUGCUAGCUAACAAGCCCAUAGAGAGAGCAUUUCAUUGUUGAUUUGAGCUGCAACAGAUUUCCACAACGAUUUUCCAUGUUGCUACCAACCUUAUUAUAAUGCCAAAAUGAAACAAUUGUUCACAAAAAAUAUUGUUCUCACAUAUGAUUGUUAUUGAGUGGAUUUUUCCUUUAAUUACUUUUGUUUUAUUUCUAUAGCACCCCUACCCCACGGAGGAUGAAAAGAAGCAGAUCGCUACCCAAACUAACCUCAGCCUCCUCCAGGUCAACAACUGGUGAGUUACAUGAACCCAUGCCAUACUGCCAUGAACUGUCACCUAAGAGCAUGAAAUGUCAUAAAGAACAACCUCUCCUAGCGUGAACCAAUCAAAUAAUGUGUCAAUCCCUUCAAUUCCCUUUUAGUGAUUGGUCAAACCCCUUGUUUUCCCCUCUCGUGGUUGGUCCAACCUUUCCUCCUUCUCUCGCAGGUUCAUAAACGCGCGGCGGCGGAUCCUCCAGCCCAUGCUGGACGCCAGCUCCUCAGAGACACCCAAAACCAAGAAGAAACCGCCUCAGAACCGGCCGCUGCAGCGCUUCUGGCCUGACUCCAUCGCCACGGGGAUGACCCAACAACAGGUCCAGAUGCCAGAUGGUACGUACGGCUACUGACUUGCUGCACUGCUCAUUGGAUAAGCAAUGCUCAUUGGAUAAGCAAUGCUCAUUGGAUAAGCACUGCUGUGUAUCAAGAGAUGCUAGAGCUGUUGGUUAUACUUGUUUUUAAAGCAACUAGGCACAACGCUUACUGUAUUGGAAAUGAUAGCCACAAGCGCUUACUGUAUUGGAAAUGAUAGCCACAAGCGCUUACUGUAUUGGAAAUGAUAGCCACAACUACAAUUGAGUCACAAGGCAAAUUCAAGGCUCUCUUGUUAAAGCGACUUAUUUCACUCAAUUUGUGGGAAAUAAGAGACUAGAGAAAUACAUGAGCUAUCUGUGACGUCGCUGGCGUGUCGCUGGCGUGUCGUCUGUUCCCCAGGAACCAUGGUGAUGAUGAGUAUGGAGGGUCUCCAGAGCCUGACAUCAGACGGGGCCACGCUGGCCGUUCAGCAGGUGAUGAUCGGCGGGCACAGCGAGGACGAAUCAGGAGACAGCGGGGACGAGGACGACGACAUGGCUGGGCUGGGCCUGGACAACAGUGACUCCCUGCAGUAGGACACAUAGACGUACUGUACACACACAUACAGAAACACAAAUAGACAUACACACUCAAAAGCAAACUGUGGGCUCUGUUGAAAAUGUAUAUGGUUCAGACCUUCCACAACUGACACGUGAUGUAGGCAGGCUGACAAUGAAUAAUGCAGGCUGACAAUGAAUAAUGUGGGCUGACAAUGAAUUGCGACACACACUAGAACCAAAUCAGAGCCAUUUUUGAUGCUCUGCAAAAAAUAGGAUUGCUCAGAUCAUGUAUGUACUGUAG